AUGUCCGCAUUCGCGAAGAUGUUCGGCGGUAAGACACAGCAGGGGGUGACUGAUACUACUAAUGAGAAUGCUGGGCUUGUGAAGGACUUCCGGAAUACAACCUGCAGGCUGCCCCCGACCAUUAAAAAGGAUGAAGUACAUGGCGACAAGGAAGCUCAUGAAACGAAGGUGAAGGACCAUUGA